UAUUUUAGAGAUGUAUCUGGAAGAGCUGAGCGAUCACAUAGAGGACGUCAGUGUGGAAUGCCAAACAGACAUGUUCCUGGACAAACCAGCCACUCCCCUCUUCAUCCCAGCCAAAACUGGACGAGAUGCAGCCACACAGAUAGAAGAAGGAGAGCUGUUUGAUUUCGACGUGGAGGUCCAGCCCGUGCUGCAGGUGUUGGUGGGAAAGACAAUCGAGCAGGCAUUGCUGGAAGUGCUGGAGGAGGAGGAGCUGGCCAACCUGAGGGCUCAGCAGCAGGUGUUCAAGGAGAUCCGUGACGCUGAGCUGGUGGAGGUGCAGAGGCUGGAGGAGAGGGAACGGCGCCUCCGUGUGGAGAAGGUGAGGAUCACUAGAAACAAGACCAUGAAAGUCACCAGUACUUUAGAACAGAGAUAUGUAGCAAGAACAGUGCUUGACAUGCUCAUUCAAGACGUCACUAACCAAAGACUUGAGGCCUUUCAAAUGAAAGAAUAAACUCCUUCAUGCAAUUUCCCAUUAGAGGUAAA